AUGCUGGUGAGAUUUACCGUACUUUUCUCCUUCCUCAGGAGGAAAUUGCACUGAUCUCAGUCAGGGCUUAUUCCCUAGAAAGCAUACACAGGACUGGUCAUAUUUCGGAACGACAGUUCAAUCCUAUACUCAGAAGUAAGCCCCACUGACUUCAAUGGCACAGCCAGGUAAGGUAUAAUGGAUGUCAGCCUCAUUGGAUUCAGUGGGCACUUCCCUCUGUGUAAGCGCACAUAUAGGAUAAGGCUCAGGGCCAGAUUUAGGUUUAAUGAGGCCCUAAGAUACUGAAAGGGACGCGGGUGGCGCUGUGGGUAAAACCUCAGCGCCUAGGAUUUGCCGAUCGCAUGGUCGGCAGUUCGAAUCCCCGUGGCGGGGUGAGCUCCCGUCGUUCGGUCCCAGCUCCUGCCCACCUAGCAGUUUGAAAGCACCCUUAAGUGCAAGUAGAUAAAUAGGUACCGCUUUAUAGCGGGAAGGUAAACGGCGUUUCCGUGUGCUGCGCUGGUGCUGGCUCGCCAGAGCAGCUUCGUCACGCUGGCCAAGUGACCUGGAAGUGUCUGCGGACAGCGCUGGCUCCCGGCCUCUAGAGUGAGAUGAGCGCACAACCCUAGAGUCUGUCAAGACUGGCCCGUAAGGGCAGGGGUACCUUUACCUUUUAAGAUACUGAAGGUAAUAGGGCACUUUAUAUUUUAGGGAGCAGGCUGGCAGGCGCGGCCCAUUACUUACAUUCGUUCUGCCCGGACACUGAGGACCAGUGCCGAGGGCCUUCUGGCGGUUCCCUCACUACGAGAAGUGAAGUUACAGGGAACCAGGCAGAGGGCCUUCUCGGUAGUGGGACCCACCCUGUGGAACGCCCUCCCAUCAGAUGUCAAAGAGAAAAAUAACUACCAAACUUUUAGAAGACAUCUGAAGGCAGCCCUGUUUAGGAAAGUUUUUAAUGUUUUAUAGGUUAUUGUAUUUUAGUGUUUUGUUGGAAGCCGCCCAGAGUGGCUGGGGAAACCCAGCCAGAUGGGCAGGGUAUAAAUAAUAAUUUAUUUAUUAUUAUUAUUCUUCUUAUUACAUCAUAGGAACCUAUACAACACAAAACACUGUUGCUGUACGUAGGUUUUAUUUUAUUUGUUUUAUUUUUUGGAAAUCUACAUCCAGUUUUUUUGCGGCCCCCAAGAGAGGCCCCAAGCUAUAGCUUGUUUAGCUCAUACGUAAAUCCAGCACUGAUCAAGCUCAAACAACACAGGUGCCCGUCAGCAAUAUUAUUUGAAAUCACCAUGAUUAAAAAUCAUCGCUGGAGGGUAUCUAGAUAAAAGGCAGUCUGCAGUGGCAUAGCAUUAAACUAAAAAACAAAUAUCUGCUCACCCCUCCAUGCGGGCAUUAAAAAAAAACAACGUACCGGACCCUGCUUAGCUACCCCCAUCCCUCUUUAAUAAUUGAAAAUGCAGAAGCGCGCCUAACGUGUGAUCCAGUGCCGGAUUUACGUAUAAGCUAAACAAGCUAUAGCUUAGGGUCCCACUCUCUUGGGGCCCCCCAAAAAAUUUAAAGGAAAAAAACACCUGGUUGUACAUUUCCAAAAUAUAAGACAAAUAAAAUAAAACUAGCCUGCUCGCCUGCUCCCUAAAAUAUCACUGGUUUGCUCCUAUUAGGUCCAUAAAUUACCAUAUAGCAUAUAUUCAACACAAAAAAACCCAGUCCAGCUGUCCUUUGUUGUUGACAAAGGACAGCUGGACAUAUAAAGGGCCCCAUUACCUUCAUCAAACCUAAGCCCGGCUGUGGUGCGGUCCCUUUUCUGCUGGAAGCGGGUGGGGGCGGAGCUGCUCCGGAGCCGCGCUUAAGUUUCACUUUCCAAGCUGUUCUCUCAAAUGGGGAAAUCAAAACUCAUCUCGGCGGCUCCGCUCUGCCCCCUAGCCGAGGAGCGCCGCGCUCAGAAGGGAAGCUUGGCGAGCGAGGCGCGGACGGGCUCGUUUCCACGCUCGUGGAAAGCGAAGUGAAGCGGGGCAACGAGGAGAUCCGAGCGGCUGGCGGUCGAGGCGCAGUAAGUCCCAAUUCUUCUCGUGCUCAAACGUUGCAUAUUCCGUUUGCUUGCUUGUUUUUUUUUUGAAUAUUUCAGCUCUUCGGAGAGAGUCGGUGCUCCACUUGCUUUGGGAAAAUAGCGCUGUUUGCACGCGACUCUUAGUCCCUGGGUCGUGGGUUCGAGUUCUGCAUUGCAGCGGGGUGGACUAGAUGAUCCAAUUUUGUGAUUCAAUCCUUAACUUCAUUCUACCGGGAUGGCUCUUUGCGAUCAGGAACUUCUCCCCAGACUUAUCAGCAGGCUGACAAAAACUACUUGUUGAGAAACAAAAUAAUAGGGAAUAGGGAAUAGAAAGGAGCCCCAGAGGGUUCAUUGGGUUCACUCAAAAAUUAAAGGGUGCAGGGUUAACUGAGCGACAUGGAUAAGGGAUCAUAUUCUGCCUCCGUUUUUAACUCAGAAAUUGGCAUACUCCUAUAGCAGAGAAAAAUUGGUCUGUCCUAUUUAAAAGUGCAUCAUUAGGUGGAGCUGAGAGAGUCUCUUGCUGAAGUCCGGGUUCACCUACUGCUCUCCAGAUUUCUCUGCCUUCAAUUCCCUCCAGCCCCAGCCAUCACCUGGCAAAAAUUUUGACCCUGGUCUGAAUGCUUAUGUUGCCCCUACAAUGCCACCACUUUAGACCGCAGUGCUUAUAACUUCACUUCAGAACCACACCAUUAACAUUUAUCUUCUUCCUGAUAAGUUAGAUCAAAACCCCCAAAUUUGCCAGCCAGCCCUGUGAUGAGGGGGAAAGAGAAAGAAAUACUCUGAGCAUGUGCAGGUUUUCAUUUUAAACACAUGUACAUCAUAGCACCAUCGUGAACUUCAGAAAUAAAAUAGCGUUUUCUGCGGCUGCCCUGGUGCUAAACACAUUUGCAUGGGAGUAAACACCAUUUUGUUGUAGGAAAGGGUAAUAUAUAUUUAAAGUGGAAAAGAAUAAAAUGUACCUGCCUGGCCAACUGCUCCAGAUAUAUGACAUUAAGGAGAAUAAAAAUAAGAAAUGAUGAUGCACGGUGAGCAGCAAGCCCUCUUCUCCCUCCUGGGAAAACAGCAGCAGGAGCAACAAGAGACAACAUGAGGUGCUUGUUUUGGGAGAAAAUUGAUUUGCAUGUUGUCUACUUGUGUUGCAUUAUAGUACGUUUGAUGGGUCAGAGAGCUGGACGUCCAAAGCCAAAAAGGACAUUCAAGCUGGAGGAAUAUCAGACGAUGACGGCUGAGGCAGAUGAGGAGAGCUCUACAGAGGAAGCUUUGGAGACGUGCAGCCAGAAGCUCCAAGAGAUUUGUGGGAUGGCAGACUCAAGAAAUGGUACAUCUUAUUUUUUUCUUACAUUUUCAUUUCUCUCUCUUUUUUUAAAAAUGAUAUUUAUUAAAGUUUCACAUAGAAAAAGACACAUCAAUAAGAAAAAAAAUUUAAAAUUAAGAAGAAAAAUACAGUAUACAAAAUACAGAGAAAAAAAGAAAAAGAAAAAACAGUUAAAAACAAUUCCAUCUUUUCAUCACUACUUUUGGAUUCACUUAUUUUCUGGACCUCCUCAUACCUCCCUCUUUUGUAUUCCAAUUCAGUUUGUUUGUCCAGCAAUUUCUUUCCCUCCUUUUUAAUCCCAAUCCUUGAUCUUAAUAUAAUAUAACAUUAAAUUUUUACCUAUUAAUAGCCAAUUUUCCAUUCUUUUAACCUUUUUAAUCCUAAUCCUUAAUCUUGAUCUAUAUAUAACUUUAAAGCCUGUACAGCUAGAAACCACUUAAUUUCAAUCCAUCAUCACUCUAACAUUCUUUAAUUUUGCAAUAUUUCUGUAGGUAAUCUUUAAAUUUCUUCCAAUCUUCUUCCACCAACUCUUCUCCCUGGUCACGGAUUCUGCCAGUCAUUUCCGCCAAUUCCAUAUAGUCCAUCAAUUUCAUCUGCCAUUCCUCCAGUGUGGGUAGCUCUUGUGUCUUCCAAUACUUUGCGAUGAGUAUUCUUGCUGCUGUUGUUGCAUACAUAAAGAAAGUUCUAUCCUUUUUUAACACCGAUUGGCCGACUAUGCCCAGGAGAAAGGCCUCUGGUUUCUUCAAGAAGGUAUAUUUAAAUACCUUUUUUAAUUCAUUAUAUAUCAUUUCCCAGAAAGCCUUAAUCUUUGGGCACGUCCACCAAAGGUGAAAAAAUGUACCUUCGAUUUCCUUACAUUUCCAACAUUUAUUAUCAGGCAAAUGGUAAAUUUUUGCAAGCUUGACUGGGGUUAUGUACCACCUGUAUAUCAUUUUCAUAAUAUUCUCUCUUAAGGCAUUACAUGCCGUAAAUUUCAUACCUGUGGUCCAUAACUGUUCCCAGUCAGCGAACAUAAUGUUGUGUCCAACGUGUUGUGCCCAUUUAAUCAUAGCAGAUUUCACCGUUUCAUCCUGAGUGUUCCAUUUCAGCAGCAAGUUAUACAUUCUUGACAAAUUCUUAGUUUUGGGUUCUAACAGUUCAGUUUCUAAUUUUGAUUUUUCCACCUGGAAGCCAAUUUUCUUGUCCAAAUUGAAUGCCUCCAUUAUCUGAAAAUAAUGAAGCCAGUCUCGCACUUUGUUUUUAAUUUUUCAAAACUCUGCAAUUUCAGUCUAUCUCCAUCUUGUUCCAAAAUUUCCCAAUAUUUCGGCCAUUUGACCUCCAUAUUGAGCUUUUUCAAGGCUUUCGCUUCCAUUGGUGACAGCCAACUUGGAGUUUUGUUUUCCAUUAAACCCUUGUAUCUUAUCCAAACAUUAAACAGUGCUUUCCUGACAAUGUGAUUUUUAAAUGCUUUAUGUGCUUUGACCUUAUCAUACCACAGAUAUGCAUGGCAUCCAAAUACAUUGUUAAAACCUUCUAGGUCCAAAAUGUCAGUGUUUUCAAGAAGCAGCCAUUCUUUCAACCAGCAAAAGCUGCUGAUUCAUAAUAAAGUUUAAGGUCUGGCAGGGCAAAUCCACCUCUUUCCUUUGCAUCCGUUAGUAUUUUAAAUUUUAUUCUGGGCUUCUUGCCCUGCCAGACAAAUCUAGAAAUAUCUUUCUGCCACCUCUUGAAACAAUCCAUUUUGUCCACAAUUUGCAAAGUUUGAAACAAAAACAACAUUCUAGGCAAUACAUUCAUUUUUAUCGCAGCAAUACGGCCCAGCAGUGAAAGCUUCAAAUUUGACCAAAUUUCUAAAUCUUUUUUCACUUCAGCCCAGCAUUUUUCAUAGUUAUCUUUAAAUAAAUUCCCAUUUUUUUGCUGUCAUGUUAAUCCCCAGGUAUUUAACUUUCUUAACCACUGUUAAACCUGUCACAUUCUGAAACCUCUCUCUCUCCAUUGAUGUUAGAUUUUUCUCUAAAACCUUAGUUUUUAACUUGUUCAAUUUAAAUCCUGCAACUUGACCAAAUUCUUGAAUCAGUUCUAAAACCCUUUUAGUACUAGAUUCUGGCUCCUGUAACGUCAGUACUAAAUCAUCUGCAAAUGCUCUCAAUUUGUACUGUUUAGCUCCAACCUGAAUACCUUUAACCAACUGGUCCCUUCUAAUCAUGUUCAGCAAAACCUCCAGGACCAAAAUAAAAAGAAGUGGGGAAAUUGGGCAACCUUGUCAUGUCCCUUUUUCUAUUUUAAGUUCUUCCGUCACCACAUUAUUUACAAUUAAUUUAGCCUUUUGUUCUGAAUAAAUUGCACUUAUACCAUUCUCAAAGCCUUGGCCUACCCCCAUACCCUGUAGAUUCUUCUUCAUAAAGCUCCAAGAAAUAUUGUCAAGAGCUUUCUCCGCGUCCACAAAUAUCAAAACUGCUUUAGUAUUUAUAUUCACUUCUAGUUUUUCCAGAAUAUCAAUUAUAUUCCUCAAAUUGUCAGACAAAUGUCUUCCUGGGAGAAAGCCCGCUUGAUCUUUAUGAAUCUCUUCCAUCAACACUUUUUUAAAUCUCUUAGCCAAAAUGUCUGCAAAAAUUUUGUAAUCCACAUCGAGUAAUGAUAUAGGGUGGUAGUUCUUAAGCUGUGUCUUUUCAGUCUCUGUUUUCGGUACAAGUGUAAUAUAUGCUUCUUUCCACGACUCUGGUGCUCUUUUCCCCUCCAUUAUUUCAUUGCAGACCUCUUUCAAAGGUUGUAUUAACCAUUCUUUCAAGGAUCUGUAAUAUCUAGAAGUCAAUCCAUCCGGUCCUGGAGACUUGCCCAAUUGCAUAUUUUGGAUGGCACCUUCUAUCUCCUGUUCAGUUAUUUUAUAGUUCAACAUUAGUUUAUUUUCUUGAGAGAUUUUUUGUAAUCCAUUUGUUUUCAAAAAUUGAUCUAGAUCAGUUUCUUUCAGUGGCCCUUGUGUAUGUAGUUGUUUAAAGUACCUCUGGAAGCAAUUUCUAAUCUCUGCUGAGUUCUGUAUAUUCCUUCCUUCCACUUAUAGGUUCGUGACUGUAUUUAAUUUUUGUCUUUUUUUCAUUUGCCAAGCCAACAGUUUACCACAUUUGUUAGCCGACUCAAAUGUCUUUUGUCUCAUUUGUUUAAUUUUCCAUUCUAUUUCCUGAUUCAUCAUUUUCAUAUAUUGUACUUGAUGUAACUUUAAUUCUCUCAAAAUCUCUUGAGAUUUUGGAUUUGUUCUCAAUCUUUUUUCACUUUCCUUUAUUUUCUUCAAUAUCUCAUCCUUCUCAUUUUGAAUUCUCUUCUUUACUGCAUUCUGUUGUAUCAGGAACCCUCUCAUAACCGCUUUACUUGCGUCCCAGAUUACUCUUUUUUCCACAUUGGUGCUCAAAUUUAUCUCAAAAUAAUCUCUCAAGGUUUUUUGGGCCUUCUUAAGCACUUCUUCAUCUCUGAAUAAGGUGUCAUUCAUCCUCCAUCUAAAGGAGCCAGUUGGUGUUAGUUUCAUUUCCAUCUUGACAGCAUUAUGGUCGGAACAAGUUUCCGGGCAGAUUUCCACCUUUCUUGUCUUUGGUGCCAUUCCUCUAGUUAUCCAUAUUUGGUCAAUUCUUGUCCAUGUCAUUUUGGCUUCAGAAAAGAAGGUUCCCUCUUUAGCCAUGGGGUUUCUUGUUCUCCAGAUAUCAACUAAGUCCAAGUUGUCUGUCAUCUCAAAAAAGGUUUUCGGUAGUCUACCAUCCUUAGUGACUACCUGUCUUUGUGCCUUGUCCAUAUGCGUAGAUACCACUCCAUUCAUGUCUCCCAUCAAAAUCAUGUUGUAAUCCAAAUAGUCCAUCAAAGUCUCAUGCAACUUCUUAAAAAAAUCAGAUUUCCCUUCAUUUGGUGCGUAAAUUCCUACUAUCAAAAAUUUUUCUCCUUGUGUUUGAAUUUCAAUUGCCACAAAUCUUUCUUGGUCAUCUUUAAAGAUAAAUUUCGGUGAUAGUCUGUCCUUUGCAUAAAUCACAACCCCUCUUUUUUUAACUUUGUCCGAUGAAAUAAACUCCUGACCAAGUCUUUUAUUUAUCAAUAAUUUCCUGUGUAAUCUUGUUAUAUGUGUUUCUUGUAGACAAAUCAAGUCCAAUUGUUCCUUUUUUAAUAAAUGAAACACAGAUUUCCUUUUCCGAGGGGAAUUGAGGCCAUUACUAUUCCAGCUUAGUAGUUGCAGGGCCAUGAUGUAAUUAUUUUAGUUCUCCUCCAACAGCACCUAGUGCCUGUUCCUGUUCCGUCGGUGGUAUCACGUUUUUCAGGCGGUCUUUUAGUUCCAGAGAUAGUCCUGGUGUGUCUAAAGUUUCUCUUACAAUUGCUCUUAACUCUCCUGUAGCUUUCUUUUGUAGGUCUUCUCCGUGGUCUCUCCAGAAUUUGUCUUUGUUGUCUUCCGAUCUUAUUUUCCUCUUCUUUCCUUUGUAACUAAAGGAUAGGCCUUGAGGAAACUCCCACCUAAAGUUAAUUCUAUUACUUCUCAACAAGGUAACCAGGUCUUUGUAGUUAGAUCUGAGAUCCAGAAGGUGUUUCGGAAUGUCCUUAAAUAUCUCCACUUUUGACUGUUGUAUUUCCAGUGUCUUCUGGAAAUGCAAACUCAAGAUCUUGUCCCUCUCUUCUUUUGUUCGGAGAGUAAUCAAACAAUCUCUCACCUUCUUUCCUCCUCCUUUUCCAAGUCUAAAAGCAUUCACUAUUUUAAAGCUGUCUUUUGCCAAUUCUGGAUUCCAAAAAUCUAUGAAUUCCUGUGUAAGAAAAUCAACUAAAUUGUCUUUCUCCACUUCAGGUACGGCUCUGACCCUUAGGUUCACUUGUUUCUCCUUCAACUCAAUCAUAGACAGGGUUAACUUAUGGUCUUCAAGUUGUUUAUGUAGCGGUGGUAUCUUCUCUUGAACCUCUGCAAUAGUAGCUGUAGCAAUUUCUUUAGCCUAUUCGGCAAUCUGACGUGUUGAGGCAGAUUCCUGUAAUAGUUUCUGAAUAGUCUCUGUAUUAGUAUUUACUUUCUGUCCCAAAUUAUUAAUACUUACUGUAUUUUGAUUAAUACUUGUUGUAUUUUGAUCAAUCUUAUCCGAUGCCUCUGCUACUUGUUUGCUUAUUCUAUCCAAAGAUUCAUUAAUUUUAGCCAGUACCUGAGCAAAGGCAUCGUCACUUGCCAUACCUUUAGUUUUAGGUUGUGCCGAUGAGGUUGCUAUUGGAACCCCAGAGGGGCCAGAUGUCGAGGCUCUCCUUUGCAGUCCACCGUCUGUACGAAAUAAUCUGCCAGACCUUGUUGCUUGUAACGAGUCUAACUUCUCUUUUCCAUCUGCCAUACCCCUCUAGAUAAAACUCAAGGUCAGUCACACGGUUAGAUUCAAAGUUGUUUUGAAAUGGAAAGUUCCAGGAAUACAGUGUGAGAAAUUCCUCAGGCCAGCUGCAGUUGUAACUAGUUGUAACAAGUUCCAAAUUCCACUAGGGGGACACUGUAACAGUCAUAAAGUUCUUAAAAUAAUUUACUUCUUCCUUAAGUCCCCCAAUUCACCGGAAAGAUAACAAUCUAUCUUAAACAGUUACUUUGAGACCAGGAGAUACCUAUCAGCAAUAUUGUAUCCAAAUUGUAUUUCAGAUGCAGGACUAGCUGUCAAAAUAUGUUCAAAGACAGUACAUUCUCUUAGACUUUUUACUGUCACUGGGAACCCGUUCCAGGGGGUUUGAGCGGUGGUUUUUAUCUCCUCUUUCUCACUUCUUCUUAAAAGAAUAACGUUCAAAGCUUCCCCCCCUCUUCCCUCAAAUUGAGGGGGGGAAAAACCCGGUUAGAUGAUUGGAUUGUAAUCCUUUUGUGCGUCUUUUAAAGCUUCCGCUUUCAAGUUCAAUGCUUUGUUCUAUCUACAAGAGCGGGAGGCAGACUUCCCUUUUAUACCUCUCCGCUUUGGCCAAUUACUUUCAAAUUUUGUACAGUUCCUUAAUUACGUAGUAAUCCUACUCACGGAUCGUUGUUUUCAAAGCCAAAUUUUCAAGGAAGAAAGGCAGCGCUCUCCGGCAACAGCUACGCGACUUCACUCCACAGAAGAAGCAGACGACUCACAGCACAGCGCCACUUCCCCGUUCCGUUCCGGAGCCUGUUGCCAGGUUCCUUCACGGAUUGGGGGGGGCGCAGACAGUGCCCGCCGAGUCCCAGGUUCACAGGCUUCACCCGCCUGUGAUUUCAGGGGUCCCCGCUGCGCCGAAGCGGUAUCCGACCCUGUUUCUGUGGAGCGGGUUCCCUCCGAAUUAGAGGGAAUCCGCCAUUACCGUUGGUGCCACCUCCGGAAGUCCUUACAUUUUCAUUUCUCAGGGGUGGGGAACCUUAGGCCCGGGGACUGACUGUGGCCCUCUGGGACUCUCUGUCUGGCCCUUGGCACACACACCUCGGGCCACACCCUCUCCCAAGCCACGCACCUGUCCCCAGGCCACACCCCUCACCAACCCUGCUUCAGUCCCUCCUCAAAUGUUUUUGCCUGGCUGAAAUGUGUUCUUCAACUCUGAUAAGAUUUCUUGCUUGUCUGAGUGGAAGGUGAAGAGCAGGAUGUGAGUGUGUGUAGAAAUUACCCUAGAGCUCAACGGUACGUUUAUCUUCCUUGUCUUUGGUGAUCGCUCGUAGCCAAGUAAGAUUGUCUUCCAUGAACAUGGUCUCAAUGGUGAGUUCGUAAGUGACUGUGGAGGCCAAUUCUAGAUCCACACGUCCUUCCACAGUGGGGACAUAGGUUUCUGGGAGGGAGUUGAUAAUGGUGAGGGUUUGCCAAGCAUGCCUUCCUCUUAGCACGUUUCUCCCUUGCGUCCUGAGUUCAAGAGUUUUCAAAGCCCACGACGCCUUUGGUAAAGGCUGUUCUCCAACUGGAGCGCUCGCAGGCCAGUGUUUCCCAGUUGUCGGUGUUUAUACUACAUUUUUAAAGAUUUCCCUUGAGUCUUUAAAUCUCUUUUAUUGACCACCAGCAUUACAGAGAAUAUUCUCACCUAACACCACCAGUUUUGGCUUGUGCAUUGUUUUGAAAACGGUGAACCUUUAACGGUGAACUUAAUCAAAUUUAUCCCCCCACCCCAAGUUUCAUGUAAUUUAGCUUUAGAUUCUAUGCCUAUUUACACUGAAGCAAGACCACCCCCCCCGCAUGAAACCUAAUCCAAAGAAAGUGUCCAUAGGAUUGCAAUCAUAAGUCAAAAGCAUGCCAUUCUCCUGGCCCUUAACCAAAGCUGCAUGUCUGGGUGUUGUCUCUUACUUCCAGGGGCUGUUGGCCUGUACAAUAUUGGACUAAACUGCUGCCUCAACUCCUUGCUUCAGGUCUUCUUCAUGAACAGACAGUUCACUAAGAUACUCCGGAGGUGAGUGAGGAUUUCCCCACCAACUGGUGCAGUGCUUUGGAUCAAAAUCUCUUUCUCUAGAGGGCGGUGGGGUGGGGGGAAUGCUUAAUUCAGUUUGCCAUAUUUAAAGGAGUAAAAAUCUGGACAAAAAAGUUGUUGGUUGUUGAGCUUUUUUGGCGAUGACCAAAACCAGAGCCGCCCGUGUGCACAAAAUAACAACAACAACAAUAAUAAAAAUUAAUAAAUAAAAUAAAUAAAUAAAUUGAAGAUGAAAAACCAAACCUCCCCAAACUUGCUAUAACUUGUAAAAAUGCACAUAGGCCUCCCAAAAGAGGACAUGUCUGGGAGCUCUUCUUGGAAGCAACAGAGCACAACGUCUCCACCAAGGAGGAGACAGGGAACUCCCCUGAGAAGGAGGCUAGUACACCAUCACAGGAGCCAGAUAUAUGGAGAAACGUGACUCAAAGAAGUAGGAGGCCCGGGGUUCGCUCUGAUUGUUUAGAAAUACACAAUCGCUUUGAGGUCCUCUCCCCUAGCAUGGAAGACGAAGAGCAGACUCCAUUUGAGGAUCUCUCCCUCAUUACAGUCGAUCAGGUAUAUGAAGACGAGCAGCAAAGUCAGUCCUCAGGGAAUGUGCAGGCGACCUUGGAACGGACAGCUCACGGAAGAACCCCGACCAGACCUAAGAGGAGGCAUGUAGUGGUGAUAGGGGAUUCCCUACUGAGGGGAACAGAAGCAGUGAUCUGUGGGCCUGACAAGAUGUCUCGGGAAGUGUGCUGUCUCCCCGGGGCUAAGAUCCAAGAUGUAACUGAACGACUGCAAGGAACCCAAAUAAAACCCACUGACAAAUACCCCUUCCUCUUGGUUCAUGUGGGAACCAAUGACACUGCAAGCAAUAGCCUCCAGAAGAUCAAAAGAGACUACGAGGCUCUGGGCAGGAAAUUGAAGCAAUUAAAUGCACAAAUUGUCAUCUCAUCUGUCCUCCCAGUUGAGCAGCGUGGCCCAGGGAGAGAGGGAAAAAUAGUGGAAGUGAACAGCUGGCUUCGCAAAUGGUGUAAACAGGAGCGGUUUGGAUUCUUAGAUCACGGACUGCAGUUUCUUGAAGAUGGACUUCUGGCAAGCGAUGGGCUGCACCUCACAACGGUUGGGAGGAAUGUUUUUGCCAAAAAUCUCAGAAACCUCAUCAGGAGGGCUUUAAACUGACUAAUGUGGGGGAGGGAGACAGUGCUCCUGAAGGUAGGAGUCUAUCAAUUGAUGAAGAUGAUCAUCCAAAUGUCAUAGACCAAAUGGAGCAAACAGCACGCAGACCUAGUGGUGGGAGGAAAAAAUCCUUAAAUAAGAGACACAGGGGGAUGAUUAAUGGACUUCAAUGUCUGUACAGUGGUGCCUCGCAAGACGAAAAGAAUCCGUUCUGGGAGUCUCUUCGUCUAGCGGUUUUUUCGUCUUGCGAAGCAAGCCCAUUGACGGGAUUAGCGGAUUAGCGCUAUUAGCGCUAUUAGCGGCUUUUAGCGGCUUUUAGCGGCUUUUAGCAGCUUAUCAGCUUAUCGGAUAAGCAGAUAAGCGGCUUAGCGACUUAGACAAAGAGGGGGGAAAGGAAAAAAAAACCCCAGGAACUCGCAAGACAUUUUCGUCUUGCGAAGCAAGCCCAUAGCAGAUUCGUUUUGCGAGGCACCUCCAAAACGGAAAACUCUUUCGUCUAGCGAGUUUUCCGUCUUGCGAGGCAUUCGUCUUGCGGGGCACCACUGUACACUAAUGCGCAAAGCAUGGGAAAUAAACAAGAUGAGCUUGAGCUCUUGUUACAGCAAACUAAAUAUGACAUAAUAGGCAUCACUGAAACCUGGUGGGAUAAGUCCCAUGAUUGGAAUGUAAUAAUGGAGGGAUACAAUCUAUUUCAGAGAAACAGACCAGACAAGAAAGGAGGAGGAGUGGCGUUAUAUGUCAGGGAUGUGUAUACCUGUGAAGAGAUCCAAGAUUUAGAACCUCAAAGCCAAAGUGAGAGCAUUUGGGUCAAAAUUAAGGGAGAGAAGAAUAACAGUGACCUCAUUGUGGGAGUUUACUAUAGAUCCCCAAGCCAAACGGAGGACAUAGAUGAUGCCUUCCUGGAACAGAUGGCCAAGCAUGCAAAAGGAAGGGAGAUAGUAGUAAUGGGGGACUUCAAUUACCCGGAUAUUUGUUGGAUGUCAAACUCAGCCAAGAGCAUAAGGUCAAACAGAUUCCUCACUGUUCUUGCAGAUAACUUCAUUGUCCAGAAAGUGGGAGAAGCAACAAGAGGAACAGCCAUUUUAGAUCUGGUCCUAACCAGUGUUGAUGACCUGGUUAGUGGGGUAGAAGUGGAAGGAUCAUUAGGCGCGAGUGAUCAUGCUCUUCUGAAGUUUACUAUACAGCGGAAAGGAGCAGCCAAGCAUACUAGGACUCAAUUUCUUGACUUUAAGAAAGCUGACUUCAUAAAACUUAGGGAAGUGCUGGGUGAGAUCCCAUGGACAGUAAUACUAAAAGGAAAGGGAGUUCAUGAUGGCUGGUAGUUUGUUAAGAGGGAGAUAGUAAAAGCACAACGUCAGGCAAUACCAAUGAGACGGAAACAUGGAAGGUGCCUAAAGAAGCCAGGGUAGCUAUCUAAAGAACUUUUAACUGAGUUAAGAUUAAAAAAGGAUGUGUACAAAAAAUGAAAAAGGGGGGAAACCACCAAAGAGGAAUUCAAACAAAUAGCCAGCACGUGUAGACGCAAAGUCAGAAAAGCUAAAGCACAGAAUGAACUCAGGCUUGCUAGAGAGGUUAAAAGCAACAAAAAAGGCUUUUAUGGGUAUGUUCGUAGCAAAAGGAAGAACAAAGAAACAGUGGGGUCACUCUGGAGGAGAAGAUGGUGAAAUGCAAACAGGGGACACAGAAAGGGCUGAACUCCUCAAUGGCUUCUUUGCCUCAGUCUUCUCCGAUAAAGAAAACAAUGCCCGACCUGAAGAAUUUGGAGCAAAUGAUUCAGCAAAGGAAACACAGCUCAGAAUAACUAAGGAGAUAGUACAAGAAUACUUGGCUAGUUUAGAUGUAUUCAAGUCUCCAGGGCCAGAUGAACUGCAUCCAAGAGUAUUAAAAGAACUGGCAGAUGUAAUCUCAGAACCACUGGCAGUCAUCUUUGAGAAUUCCUGGAGAACAGGUGAAGUCCCGGCAGACUGGAGGAGGGCAAAUGUUGUCCCUAUUUUCAAAAAGGGGAAAAGAGAGGACCCAAAUAAUUACCGCCCAGUCAGUCUGACAUCAAUACCAGGGAAGAUUCUGGAGCAGAUCAUUAAGCAAACAGUCUGUGAGUACCUAGAAAGGAAUGCUGUGAUCACCAAUAGUCAGCAUGGAUUUCUGAAAAGUCAGCAUGACUUAUUUCUGAAAAAUAAGUCAUGUCAGACUAACCUGAUCUCAUUUUUUGACAGAAUUACAAGCCUGGUAGAUGAAGGGAAUGCAGUGGAUGUAGCCUACCUUGAUUUCAGCAAGGCAUUUGACAAGGUGCCCCAUGAUAUUCUUGUAAAGAAGCUGGUAAAAUGCGGUCUUGACUAUGCUACCACUCAGUGGAUUUGUAACUGGCUGACUGACCGAACCCAAAGGGUGCUCAUCAAUGGUUCCUCUUCAUCCUGGAGAAGAGUGACUAGUGGGGUGCCACAGGGUUCUGUCUUGGGCCCGGUCUUAUUCAACAUCUUUAUCAACAACUUGGAUGAUGGACUCAAGGGCAUCCUGAUCAAAUUUGCAGAUGACACCAAACUGGGAGGGGUGGCUAACACCCCAGAGGACAGGAUCACACUUCAAAACGACCUUGACAGAUUAGAGAACUGGGCCAAAACAAACAAGAUGAAUUUUAACAGGGAGAAAUGUAAAGUAUUGCACUUGGGCAAAAAAAAUGAGAGGCACAAAUACAAGAUGGAUGACACCUGGCUUGAGAGCAGUACAUAUGAAAAGGAUCUAGGAGUCUUGGUUGACCACAAACUUGACAUGAGCCAACAGUGUGAUGCGACAGCUAAAAAAGCCAAUGCAAUUCUGGGCUGCAUCAAUAGGAGUAUAGCAUCUAGAUCAAGGGAAGUAAUAGUGCCACUGUAUUCUGCUCUGGUCAGACCUCACCUGGAGUACUGUGUCCAGUUCUGGGCACCACAGUUCAAGAAGGACACUGACAAACUGGAACGUGUCCAGAGGAGGGCAACCAAAAUGGUCAAAGGCCUGGAAACGAUGCCUUAUGAGGAACGGCUAAGGGAGCUGGGCAUGUUUAGCCUGGAGAAGAGGAGGUUAAGGGGUGAUAUGAUAGCCAUGUUCAAAUAUAUAAAAGGAUGUCACAUAGAGGAGGGAGAAAGGUUGUUUUCUGCUACUCCAGAGAAGCGGACACGGAGCAAUGGAUCCAAACUACAAGAAAGAAGAUUCCACCUAAACAUUAGGAAGAACUUCCUGACAGUAAGAGCUGUUCGACAGUGGAAUUUGCUGCCAAGGAGUGUGGUGGAGUCUCCUUCUUUGGAGGUCUUUAAGCAGAGCCUUGACAACCAUAUGUUAGGAGUGCUCUGAUGGUGUUUCCUGCUUGGCAGGGGGUUGGACUCGAUGGCCCUUGUGGUCUCUUCCAACUCUAUGAUUCUAUGAUUUCCUGGACUUAUGGCAACCCUAGCUUAAUUUAAAAAUGGAGCAUUUUUUCCACCCUCCAAGGGCAGUGGUUUGGAUUCAAAUCACUGUGGUUUUGUUUUUUUUAAGCAAGUGAUUUUAAAAUCAACAUUUGUAGACUUCUACUCAGGAGUAGCUGAACCCAGGUACAGACAACUUGUACACAGGUACUAGAUAGCGUUUCCAUGUGCUUCUCUGGUUCGCCAGAAACGGCUUAGUCAUGCUGGUCACAUGACCUGGCUCCCUUGGCCAAUAAAGUGAGAUGAGCACUGCAACCCCAGAGUCGUCCCGACUGGACCUAAUGGUCAGGGGUCCCUCUACCUUUACCUUUACUAGAUAGCAUAUAAAGGCCCCUUAGACCAUAAGAAGAGCCCUGCGGGAUAAAGACCCAUCUAGUCUGCUUUCCUGUUCUCACAGUGACCAGUUGGAUACCCAUGGGAAUCCAACAAGCAGAACCUGAGUACAAAAGCCCUCUCUGCACUUUUGAUUCCCAGUAACUGGCUUUCAGAGGCAUAUCACCUCCAACAGUUGAGGGAGAACAAGCCAUCGUGGGUAGUAGUUACUGACUGACCUCCAUGAAUUUUUCUUAUCUGUUUUUAAAUCCAUGCAGGUUGCCAUAGCCACAUCUUGCAGAUGCAAAUUCCAUCGUUUAUGGAGUGUGGAAAGCCAACCGUGGCAUCGAAACCUUUGCUAGGUUCCUGCUUAAACUUCCAUUUAACGAAUGCAUUUGCAAGUCAUUAAAUGUGUGAUUACACUUAGUUCUUAAAAAAAACCCCCAAACCUUUCUGUUGUGACUUUUCUUCAAGGAAGUGUUGUUAAGAUUGCAGCCUUAAAGCAUGAGGCCCGGUGCUUUCUGACUGUAAAGUGUGGUGAUAGCUUUCCUUCUUUCUGUUGCCAGGAUCAAAGUGCCGUUUGAAGCUGCGGAGCAGAAAGCAAGCGUCCCUUAUCAAAUGCUCUUGCUUCUGGAGCAGAUGCAACAGAGCAAGAGAAGAUCUGUGCAUCCCUUGGAUCUUGUCCGCUGCCUCUCAAUGCAUAAUGUGAAAUGUAAGGAGCAAGUGGAGUCUUUCUGGUUCCUGUAGGGAGGUGUCACUUGCAGGGUGGGGGUUGCUUAUAGUUAAUAACUGCCCUCCCCCCAUAGAACGCGUGCAGAGGUGUUUUGAGAAACGACUUCAGAAACAUUACUCAGGCUGUGUUUGUGGAUUGAUGGGGCAAGAAUGGAAGGUUGGCUGCUAAAAAUAUAUAUAGAGCAUUGGAAUCUGGAGGAAAGGGGCGAAAAUAGAGGAGUUUGGGAAAGGCAUAAACAAGCCGUUGUGCUAAAUUUUGCUUGUGCCUCUUCCUUUUGUCUAGUGCUUGUUCUGUAUGAUGCUUCUCAACUCUUCUUGAUCCUCUGGAACCUAAUUAAGGACCAAAUCACCAAUGUGAAUCUGGUAAGAGUCCGGAUUUUGCAAAGGAAAACAUGUUACUUCCACGUUGUAUGCAGACACAAUGAGUUACCUGCAGAGGCCCUUGAAGUAUAGCCAAGAAUACUUUUGUCCCUUGUUGAAAAAUCAGAACUUAUGAUGCAGGCUUAUGUCCGGAGCCCUGCCAGAGAGUUCUGUAUAACUCAGCAAAUACAUCAGUUAAGGUAGCAGAAAUGGGAUCAGCUCCCCUGGAUCUCUCCCCACCACAGCUACUAUUUAGGAAAACAUGCAAUUGAAAUCAUACUAUUAUUCUAACUUGUAAUAUGGCUCUGGGUUGUGCCCUUUUAAUUUGCAGAGUUCCCAUCACACAUAAAAUACAAAACCCAGAAGCACGUAACAAAGACUUUGAUAGCAUAAACUUAAAAAUACUGAGUACACGACUCUCUCCAGGAUCCUUUAAUCUGAUUCACCUUCCCCUGCCCUGCUCUCCAUUUAAAGUACACUGUGAUCUCCUAUUCUCUUUAUUAACUUUAUAAACAGCUUUUUCAUUCAAAAAUGGUGUAUUUAAUUAAAAAAUAAGAUUAAUCCAACCAUUCUUUUUUUGGGGGGGGGACACCCACAGCCUAGUAAUAAAACAAUAGUAAACAUAGACAAGAAAGCAGGAUAGCCACCAUCUUGGAUGGCUUUCAAAGAAGAUUAGACAAAUGUCUGGGUUAGAUCUGCUGAAUAGAGGAUUCUGUAGUGAGGCAGAUAGUUGGGCUUGGUGGUGGCUUUCUGCUUGUUUUCACUCUAAUGGGAACCAGUUUGAGGCCUGUCAGUGGAAUCACGCAAAGAGCAGUGCUUGUUGACAACACAGAGCACAUUAUUUAUUCGCUUCUGGUUUUCUCCUCCCCUCUCUUUAAGGUUGAAAGCCUGACUCUCCUGCACACCAUCCAGCUGCAGCAGAACCUAGUGUGUCAAAAGUGCUCAGCCCAAAUGAAGAAGGAUAGCAACUUGCUGAUGUUCCCACUCCCAAUGUUUGAUUCUGAUUCUCACCCAGUCAGGACAUUGGUAUGUGAAGAGGGUCUCCAUCUCAUUGUGCUUCAUCCCAUUUAAGCAAAUGGGUCAGAACUGGGUUUCUAGUGUAGUGCUUCCUCCUGUCCUGUAGGGGGUGUGCGCAUAUUGAAAGCUUAAUAUCAACACAGUGUUUCUGCUGGGGAAAGGCUCCAGAAAUGGAAAGUGGGGCAGAGGAGGCUAAACAAACAAACAAAACUCCAGAAAGAUGGGUUGGGGAGGAAGGGGAAGACUCUUGCUGUACUCAGAACUCGUUGAUAAAUGGUUUCAGAUCAUUUUAUAGGGCUCCACAACCAACUGCACCACCUUGCUUGCUGUUCCUGGGGAGCAGAGCUUUUCUGUAGAGGGAUGUGCUGAAUGGAGUUCUGAUGUAUGGAGAGAGCGAGAGGCUGAGAGUGGAGGAGAUGAUCCCCAAACUUCUAGAAAAGUGCUUCUAGUUCUUCAGCAUGUCCAACCUUUGGGGACAAAACAACUUCUGGGGCUGCCAGUGUCUAUUUCAGUAUGUGACAGGGAUUCUGCACAAAAUGGAGGCAACUGCCCAUACAGUCUCUGUCCGGCAUCACACUGCCAUUACUGUGGUCAUGGCUUCAAGGUGAUGCUCACCUGUGUCAGGUGUGUGCAUGUGGCCAGGUGGGCCAAAGCAGUGGCCAAUAGGGCAAAGUAAGAGGCAAUGAUGAUGAUAUAAUAUUAAAUUUACAUACCACUCUUCACCUGAAGAUCUCAGGGCAGACAGAUGUGGGAGAACUUGGCAAAUAUGGCCUGGCAUAUGGGUGAUGGUGGGUACUUACCUUGUCUGAAGGUAGACUCUGAGGCACAAUAAUCCAGUGUAGUAGCAUAUCUGAAAUCAGGCCAGAGCCAAAACGGAAGGAUUAGCAGAAAACCCCAUGGCUGCUGCUCCAGACUCCUUGGAUGCAAGUGUAACAACUUUUUAAAAACCUAUGGCUCCUACUGGGUUGAAGACCUGUGUAUUUUCCAGAAAUACACACAACAUGCAAUUGGUACAGACACCUUGUUAUCACAUCAGGAGCAGGGGGGCUGUUAGAUAAAGGCAACUUGUAGCCCUCCAGAUUCUUCUGGAUUCUCACUCGCAUCAGUUCCAUCCAGCAGGAAUUCCUCUGGGCACGUGGGACUAAUCUCUGCUCUUUGCCUUAUUCAAUUCUUCUAGGGAGAUUCAUUGCGUUGUUUCUUUGUGCCGGAACAGCUGGUGGAUGAAAAUGCAUGCCACUGCGAACAGUGUGGCUUGGAAACACCACAUCUACGGGUAAUGUUGCCUUUGAACGUUAAUUGGCAAUUCAAUCCUUGGAGCUUCAUGUUGUUUCCAUGUUGGAUGAGGAUAUUUGUUCAUAGAAGAAUCAUGGGGUCUGGCUUUUGGCCAUUAUUGGCAGGGCAUUUUCUUUGAAUUCAGAAGUUCCCAGAUUCAAUCUCUGGCAUCUCUAGGUAGGGCUGAAAUUCUGGAGAGCUGCGGCCUGUCAGGGUAGAUGAGACUCAGCUAGAUGGAGCAAUAGCCUGGCAAGGCAGCUUCAUGUGUUUCCAAGGUAUUUACACCCCAAUUCACAAGGUGGUUCCCACCCUGUAUGAAGUGUUGAGGUGACUGUGGCGUUCACACAGGGUCCCUGGACGUUUGACGGUCUAUUGAUCCCUGUGCCACCACUGUGAUCACUUCCCCGCUGCCACCAACCCAUUUCUCUCGUGUACACACUGAGUCCAGACAGUUGUUAACAUUAAACCAAAUAAACAAGUUUAUUUUAUAAGCAUUAACAAGUUUAUGGUUUCAGAUAAUUUUUCUUGUCAGUUUCUUAAUCUUAGUUUCUUUACUGACCUAUACCUUUCUAAUACCUUCUAACUGAUUAUCUCAACUGUUUUAACUGACUCCUCUUAACAUAUUCUCUCACAUCAAACUAGCCCAACCCCCAGACUUAUCCUCCCUCUCCCUUCUCUAACUCCAGACUCACUUCUUAACAACUCUAACUCCUCCCCUUGGGUUCCUAUUGGUUAAUCAUUUUACACUUAGUGAACCUUUUCCUUAUGACCCAGUAUGAUGUCACACACCUAGGAGGGCAAACGCCACAGUGACUAGUGGCAAUUUGCUAAACGCAGCAUUGGGAUCUAGGUUUUCCGAAGGGUGAAAAGGGCGUGAUUUCCCUGGAUCAGUAGUCCCUUGCAAGAAUGCUUUGCAACUAUUUUAUGCUGACCUCUGUAUUCCAGCCUUUGUCUUUCAUUGUUGGUGUGCAUCGAUUUUGCAGGGCAUGAGAGUUACACGUCUGCCACAGACAUUGAUGCUGCACCUAAAGCGUUUCUGCUGCACAGAAGGCAGCCAGACCCGGAAAAUCAGCCAUUCCUUAGCCUUCCCACAGAGCCUAAAUUUCAGUGAGAUCCUGACGCCAGAACAGUACAACCAGGAUGCACAGGAGGUGGGACACUUAACCUGCAUCAUCAUUCGCUUCGGACUUAGAAGGCAUAAUGAAAUGGCCCAGAGCGGAUGUGGAGAACUUCUGGUUCUUCCAACAUUGAUGAACUGCAAUUCCCAUCAGGAAGCAUGGUCAAUGGCCUGGGAUGAGGGGACUUAUAGUUCAGCAAUGUCUGGAGGACCACAGGUUCCCAACCUAUGGGCUAAAGCAGGAGGGUGCCUUGCCUGGACUGAAUGUUCAGGUCCUCUGAGACGGCAUCUGUUUCCACCAUGGUCAACCAAGUGCUUUCAUCACAUUCUGGGAUAACUUAUUCAAGAACUGCAGAGCAAUAUUAGUCCCAAGAGUGGAAGUUUGCAUUUUGUCCACCCUUUUUUCUAUGGACGCUGUUCUAGAUGCUCUCAGUAUUAUGAAGCAGGAAUUAACAGGUCCCAGAAAGGGAUGUCAUUUCAACUUCAAGGUUGCUAUACUGUUUGUUCUGCAACAGUAUUUGAGGAAGACAUUGUUGUCUCCUAUCCCCACCCCACAGCAGAAAUUCCCCUCCUUAAGAGAUACGUUCAAGGAAGACAUAAGGAUGAAGCGCUUUGGUCGGUGGGGAGUCAGAGAAGCACGAUGGUCUAUUCUCUAAAAAAAGCGGGGAGAAUAGGUAGUGCUUUUUCUGGGGGUAUUCAAGGCUCUGCAGUACUGGCACCUCCCCCCCCCCAAUGUUAAAAGUGUGGCACUUACUGUAACAACUUCAUGGUGAGUACCACCACCUUUUUCUAUUAAAAAAGCACUGGGAAUAGGGAAUUAGAAGUGCUAUGCAACUUAAACAAUGGAAAAUGGAAAACAUUUCUCUAAAUUUGAAAUGGAGAUUAAGCCUGCCGAAAAUGUUGUUUUGGGUAUAUUGGACCCCAAAACAUUUAUUUAUUUGAUUUGCAUUUCCUCCAAGGAGCUCAAUGUGGCAUUCAUGGUUUCCUCCCUCCCCAUUUUAUCCUCAAAACAAUCCGUGAAGUAGGGUAGGCUAAGAGACAGUGACCAGUCCAAGAUUACCCAAUGAGUUUCAUGUCUGAGUAGGGUCUUGAACCCAGGUCCUAGUCCAACCAUGACACUACACUGGAUCUUUAUCUCAGGAAGGCACUGUCUAAUACAGAAAGAUACUGGAGGUGUAAUGCUGGAAAGGCCUCAUUGAGGCAUAUGAUGUGGUCCUGUCCAGUGAUAGUAAUUCCCUGUUUUGUAUCUCUCCUGUCUUCCAUUGAAAAUAUCUCUCUAUGACUCUUUCCAGGAUGAUGGGUUGUAUGAUCUGUUUGCGGUUGUUGCACACUCGGGAUCAGCUAACUUUGGUCAUUACUCUGCAUACAUUUGGAGUCUCACGGAAAGCAGGUGGUAUUGCUUCAACGACUCGAGCGUCUGUCAGGUGAGGAAGGCAGCCUAUAUGUGGCGUUGUGCCGGCUUCCCUUCCCUUCCACCUCUCCUGGCAAAAUCAGGGUCUGAGAUCUAACCACGAUGUGUGUCAGCGCAUUGAAAAAGGUUGCAAGCCAUGCUGGACGAUGGUCCAAAUCCAGACCUAAUUGUGCACAAACAAGGAAUGGGCAUUUGAAUGGAUGUCAGAAUGCACUUCCCAUUCAAAGCCAUGUAGCACUACAGAUAGACACCUCUGAUUUAUGCUAGUGGUUGCUGAUCCAGCUAGGGCCAGUUGUGAAUAACGGUGCAAUCCUAUACAUGUCUACUCAGAAGAAGGUCCCAUUGAGUUAUGGGACUGGAGCCUUGGGCAAUUUUAUAGAUUUUAUAUAUAAAACGUGGGUUAAUUGGCUUGAGUCUGAAGCAGCCCUAAUUAAAAGAUAACCAAGUCCAGUAGCAGCAAAAAUUACAUAGAAUCAUAGAUUUGUGGAGUUGGAAGGGAUUCCGAGGGUCAUUUAGUCCAACUCCCUGCAAUACAGGAAUCUCAGCUAAAGCAUCCAUGACAGAUGGCCACCCAACAUCUUUGGGUAAUAUUUAGAACAAGAUGUGUGUAAAAGGUCUUAAACCUCUGCAUAGUGGUCUGUGAAAAGAUCUUUACUUUAUAAGUGAAUUACACAUCUGCUUAAAAGGUUAACCCAAGAUUUUUUCAAUUAAAAAAAAAAUACACACAGAGUCAUCUAUCAGCUGUGUAACAACUUAUAAUAAUUCUCUCCAUCUAUUAUAAGAAAAAAAGUUUUAAUAUUAGCUCUAUAUUUUAUGUGCUUUUGCAAUGGAUGUGAGUGGGGUUUUGAAUCUGUCUCAUUCGCUUGCUCCUUGUACUGUGUAUUCUGCAGGUAUCCUGGGAUGAUGUCAAAUGUACCUAUGGAAAAGCAUAUCUCCGCUGGUAAGGCGGGCCGACUGUUUUUUUUUAAAUAUAUAUAUAAUAUUUAUUAAUUUUCCAACAAUUUAAACACAACACUACAAAAGAAAAAGCAUAAAAAAAGAAGACAAUGCAAUACAAUACAAAAACACUACAAAACACUAACACAUAAAACUAAUAAAACAAAAAACAAAACCCAUUUAAAACACAUCAAACCAUUUCAUUAUCUUAUCUUUCGUUCACUUGUUUCCAUGACCUCCUCACACCUCCCUUUUUGUAUUCCACUUCUGUUAAUUGUUUCAGCAAUUCCUUUCCAUCUUCCUCUGUUUUCUAUCCUAUAAUUAUCUUAACACAUUCUAACCUUAUUUUCCCUUUAAUACUCUAUUAAUCUAUUUAUACUUAAUUCCUUAUAACAUUUCUACUAAAGCCAUAUAACUUCAUUCCAACAUUUUUCUAACAUUCAUUAAUUUUACAGUAUUUCUGUAAAUAGUCUUUGAACUUUUUCCAGUCUUCUUCCACCGACCGACUGUUUUUUCUCUUAAUCCUACUGGAAGACCUGGGGGGCGGGUGCUGGAGGAGGCAGUGAAAUGAGUAUGGCUGGCUGUGUGGAAAACAAAAUAAAAAAACCAUUGCAUUUUGGUUUGGAAUGAGCUGGUUUCAAGAUGAGCUUUUUCCACCCUAGGCGUUUAUUGUUGGGAAGAAAUUGGAUCAAUGGUCCAAGUAGGUAUAGGGCAUCUUCUUAAUCCUGUGUACUCUGUUGGAUAGAGAUUUGAGGACUAACUACAGGUUGACCACUGUGCUGUUUGGUUUUGACUUGCUUAUUUUCUCCUUCCUGUAGGGGUGAAACAGCCUAUCUCCUGGUUUACCUGAAAAGGAAUUGUGGGAAGCUCUGUUCUGAUUGACUCAGGGCAACCACAGGGAGGUUGCAAUUUUUUUUGUCCAGAUUCUCCAAAUACCAGAUGACUGACUGUCCAUCACAUUUGUGCAGGAGAGUACAAGCGAUAUGUGAACUCAAAGCACCAGGAAGGGAGACCUUUUGGAAAGAAGGCUCAGAAACACACACUUUUAUCUGCAAUCUGUCUUUGGAAGUUACACAGUGCCUCACUUUCAGACCCUCUGCAGCCGGCUAGUACAGGAGACAGGGCCAGUGGUUUAAGUGUCUUGAGACUUGUAUUUUCACGAGGAUACUGAGAAUUGUUCUAAGAGAGCUUAUACUACCCUGCCGCCACACAGUGGUCAACACACGUUUCAUAAAACUAGUUCCCAGGAUUUUCUGCACAGUUGAGCCAGCUUAUAUGCAGCAUAGAAUUACUCUUCAUCUCCCCAUCCCAACCUCUCUGUUCUACCUCAGCCGUGACACUUAGCUGCCCCUUUAUAAAGCAGAACCUGCAGGGGGGUAGAGACGAUGGCAGAUCCUCGCAUAUCACAUGCAAUGGGCUUCUGGACCCAAGAAGUACAGAAGUUGGGAUCUGCUGGGCAUAUCAAAACCAGCUGCAAUAUUCAGUCUCCUUUGCUCACACACUAACAUGGAAGCAUUUACUUAUAGUAGGUGGUGCAAUUUUAUUUCAGCCAUCUGCGUGUUAGAUGUUUCUGGGUAUGGGUGUCACUAGUAGAUGGUGCAACUCAUUUAAAAAACGACUCAAGCAUUUGUCCUACACAGGGUUCAGGCACUCUUAAGCACAUUUGAUUUCAGUGAUUACAAAACAGGCAAUUUAGCAUGAGACCACACAAUGUAGUUCUGUCUAGCACAGAAACAUCUGUUUGGAUAAUCUUAUUUUCC